GAAUUAUUUUUGGUUUAACAUUUCAUUGUUUUGGUACUUUUACGUUAAAGCAUUUUGCGCCUUCUCAAAAAAAAAGAGAAAGAUGUCCUUCAAACGUUAUUCCCUGUUCCCUAUUGUGGAUGAACUUAGCUACUCCUUUUAUAAGAGACAAGAAGCUAGCAUAUGGACCAGUGCAGAAAUGGAUUUUAGUCGCGACCUCGAAGAUUUCGAAAAGUUGGACGUUGAAGUUCGAAAUAUUCUUAUGAAUGUACUUGCCUUUUUCGCUUCCGGUGAUGGUAUAGUUAGCAAGAAUAUAAGUUAUCGUUUCAUGAGGAGCGCUCCCAAUUUUGAACAAGUGGCUUUUUACGCUGCUCAGCUUUUCAUUGAGACAGUUCACGCCGAGACUUAUUCUUUAAUAAUUUCAUCUUUGAUUCGUGACACGGAAGAGCGCAAUAAACUCUUUUCUGCAGGAGAAAACAACUUGGCAGUGAGAUCUAAGGAGAAAUGGAUGGAAAGAUUCAUCGAAGACGAUACCGUGGAGGAAUGGGAGAGAAUUUUGGCUUUUGCUUGUUCAGAGGGAAUUUUUUUCACGGGAGCCUUUGCGGUCAUUUUCUGGAUUGGUGAAAUGCGAUCCAUGCAGAACCUUAUUUUCGCAAACAUCCAAAUUAGUAAAGACGAGGCGUUACACUGCGAGUUUGCCGUGGCUCGAUUGCUUCAAAUGGAUUGGAAUGAGGACAGGGCUCUUGAAAUAAUAAGAGAAGCAGCUGAGUUGGAAAAGGAAUUCAUGAAGGCGAUCAUUCCCGAUAAGGAACUUUGUUAUGGAAUGUCUCAAAGUAAGAUGUUAAGUUAUAUCGAGUGGAUGGCGAAUCGUUUAUGUAAUAUGCUGGAAAUACCAGUUGCCUAUUCAGAAGUUACAAAGACGCCUUUUUCCUUUGUCGAUAAAGCGGUUGCCUUGGAGAAAAUCAAUUUCUUUGAGGUAAGAGCUGCCAAUUACAAACGUUUCAAUGUGGACGAAGCUCUUGAAAAAGCUCGAUUUUUAUUCUAAGAAGAAGAAGAUGACUCUUCCUUGCUGCUGGUUAAAUAAACAUGAAUAUUUGUUC